AUGUUUCAGAAUCAAGACCAUUUUAUCGAUGUUGUUCACAAUGAUGUCUCGCGAGAGGGCGAUGACCAGAUCUCCUUGUCUGUGAAGGUAAUUGAAAAGCACGUCAUCGAUCCGUCGAAAAUCGAAGUCACCAGUGUAGCGUACAUGAUAAUUUUCGGAUCUAGCGCAAACAACUUUGUGGACGGCAUGAGCAUGGGAGCUGCUUUCUCAGACAGCCUCCUUCGCGGCCUCAGCAUCGGAAUCGCAGUCGUGUCCCAACAGUUUCCACAAGAACUAGGAACACUUGCCAUUUUGAUCAAUUCCGGUCUUGGUUUCCGGCGCGCCAUGCUUUUUAACCUGAUACCGAUUUUUCUCAGCUACCUGGGCUUUAUCUGUGGUGUUUUACUGGACAACGUCGAUGAAGGCUAUGAUGACUAUAUUUUUUCAAUAUCUUCUGGGAUGUAUUUGUACAUAUUUCUCGGCACUUUGGUAAGUACAGUACCACUCUAA